GGAGGCCACGCUAACUGACUUCCGGUAUCGGCGGUGGCGCAGGCGCAGUCACCGCGGAGCUGACGCGGAGGCUGGCGGCCACAGGGAGCGAUGCCGUACGCCAACCAGCCCACCGUGCGGAUCACUGAGCUCACUGACGAGAAUGUGAAGUUCAUCAUCGAGAACACCGACCUGGCGGUGGCCAAUUCGAUUCGGAGGGUCUUCAUCGCUGAGGUGCCCAUAAUAGCCAUUGACUGGGUUCAGAUUGAUGCCAAUUCCUCAGUCCUUCAUGAUGAGUUCAUCGCUCACAGGCUUGGAUUAAUUCCCCUCAUUAGUGAUGACAUUGUGGACAAGCUGCAGUACUCCCGGGACUGCACAUGUGAGGAGUUCUGCCCCGAGUGCUCAGUGGAGUUCACCCUCGACGUGCGGUGCAAUGAAGACCAGACGCGACAUGUCACGUCUCGAGACCUCAUCUCCAACAGCCCCCGGGUCAUUCCGGUGACAUCCCGGAACCGAGAUAAUGACCCCAAUGACUACGUGGAGCAGGAUGACAUCCUCAUCGUCAAGUUGAGAAAGGGCCAGGAGCUGAGACUUCGAGCCUAUGCCAAAAAGGGCUUUGGCAAGGAGCAUGCCAAGUGGAACCCUACUGCAGGGGUGGCUUUUGAAUACGAUCCAGACAAUGCCCUGAGGCACACAGUGUACCCCAAGCCUGAGGAAUGGCCAAAGAGUGAGUACUCGGAGCUGGAUGAGGAUGAGUCGCAGGCUCCCUAUGACCCCAACGGCAAGCCAGAAAGGUUUUACUACAACGUGGAGUCCUGUGGCUCUCUGCGUCCUGAAACCAUUGUCCUGUCAGCCCUCUCUGGAUUGAAGAAGAAACUGAGUGAUUUACAAACUCAAUUAAGCCACGAGAUCCAGAGUGAUGUGCUAACCAUAAAUUAACUGUAGCUUGCCUGCUUCAGCAAAAACGGAGAUUCAGGCCAGCAGCUGGAUACGGGGGUCUCUCUUCAGACUCUUCUAGAGAAUCUAGUCUACUGUUGCUUGAGCGUCUUGGCAGGACAUCAGUACCAAUGAGAAGAGGGUCACAGAUCGAUCACCAGGGAUGCAGUGGUGUUUAGGCAGGACCGGUCUUUACUGGCCCUGACUGCUGUUCAUAAUUGACAGCAGUGCUCCCCAGAUCCCAGAAGGUCCCUUCUGGACUGUUUCCAGUGCACCUGUAGGGAACCAACUGCACUUCUCUCCUGGUUAGUCCAGCUCUUUAAACCCUUUCUGUCCAAAAUGAGUCAUUUUCAGUUGUACCUUAGAUUUCUAGUGUUAGGAUCAAGUGCCAUAGCCUUUAUUCAGUGUCCCUAAUUUGAGAAGUAACCUUUUGGAAUAGCAUUAGACCCUGUCUGUCCCCUCCCCACCAAAUAAACAUGAUAUUUCAUUCUCUGUCCAGCAGUUAUGAACCCCUUCACCAUCAAUGGCCUGAUCAUUUAGUUUGGUGGGGGCAGGGGGGUGGAAGCAGCCGCAGGACCAAGGGCCCCUCCCACAUACACAGGAGGAAUAUUUCAUUUCUCCUUAAUGAAGCCUCUGGCCCUAACCCCUCAGCACUGUCUCCGGAUAGGAACAUGUACAAAGCAGUUAAUUAGGCAGCCUGGAGAAAACCAGAGAUCCAGUACAGAAAGGAAAGGAUAUUUAUUGAUUAACAGAAGUUGUCUUUUUAAAAGUGUUUAUUUUUGGCAAUAAAGAGCACAACAUAAUCUCC